CAUUGCGAACGUUACCCCGCUAACCGACGCACGUCCGUUAACUUUAACCAGUUGAAGUUAUUUGUUUAAGUUAACUUUCUAAGGUUUCCGUCUUUUUAGUUUCGUGUGUGUUUAAAUAUAAUUGAAGAUAACGUAUCGGGUGAUAGUUAAUUGAUUUCGGCGGAGUUUGGAUGUAUAUUAUUUUUGUUUAGUUCACAGUGAGCGCUUAUUGAAGCAAGUCGUUGGAUUUUUUUGUUUUUUCGAGUGUUUUUUUUUUCGUUUUUGGAGAAAAGAAACCAAGAUGGACGUCGAAAACGCGAACUGCAAAGUGAAGGUGUCUCAAUGUGCGGAUAUGGAAGUGUUGCCCAUCGAGAGGCCACUUAAAGUAGACGUUGAGAUUACUGGAUUGGAAAAGCUAAUCGAAGAGCUACACAGCGUGUUCUCCCGUAACCACGUCAACGUACAGGAUGUUCAGAAACUGAUGGCCGGAUACAAGUCUGAUCCGAAGGACUGGUCCAAAUACGCCAAGUUCGAUCGGUUUAGGUACACCAGAAACCUGGUGGAUGCUGGCAAUGGUGCCUUCAACGUCAUGAUCCUCUGCUGGGGCGCUGGCCACGCGUCAGCCAUCCACGACCACGCUGACUCCCACUGCUUCAUGAAAGUCCUAAGCGGAAGCCUUGAGGAAGUCAGAUACGAAUGGCCAGAAAACGUGCAACCAGAAGUCAUGAAGGUCUUAAACAGUAAGAAAUCUAGAAGAAAAUGCUGUUCCGAGAGCCAGGACCUGCAGGACAAGAUUUCCGAACUUAACAUCGAGUGUCAGGGUGACAGCUGUCAAAGUGACAGCUGUCAAAAGAGGCGGGAAGACGACGGCAGCGACGAUGAGGGUUACGAUGUGAAGGAUAUGAAAGUACGAGGAAGGACAAGAAUGGAUCUAAACGAUGUGUGCUAUAUCAAUGAUGCUCUCGGCCUUCAUCGUGUAGAGAAUCCAUCUCACGUGGAUGGUGCUGUGUCACUGCAUCUGUAUUGUCCACCAUUUGACAGUUGUCGCGUGUUCGACGCGCGAACUGGGAAACCGACUGAAGUUAAAGUCACAUUCUGGUCUAUGUACGGCAAGAAGAUUAAGAGGGUUUUCGAGUCAAUCAACGCGGCGGAUAGUCAACAAUAAUUAUGAAAGCAUUAAUUAAUUAGCAUUACAAUCUAGUAUUCCAAAAUUUUGUUGAUUAUUUUGUAAAUGAGACUUUAAAAUAAGCGUUACUGUUGUUAAAAUUAACGAUCAAAUUAAUAAAUUAUCCAAUAUAGGUCAGAUAGGCAGUCGCGCCUUGUAAAACACUGGUUCUUAGCUGGAACCGGUUAGACUGGUAGCCGACCCCAACAUAGUUGGGAAAAGGCUAGGCCAAGGAUGAAAUGAUCCAAUAUCUUUAUAGUGAACCGAAAGCGAGAUAGAGCUACAUUGCGUAUACAGCUUCUCCCUCCCACUUCAGAAUAAGUCCGCAAACCAACCUCGUUUUGAAGUCAUAAUACCGUAAUUGUGGAAGCGUGACAGCGCUAUAUAAGGCUAUAUAGCGCCAUCUCUUUUUUUCAAAUAUGGCGGUUGAUGUCUGAUUUCCAAGCUUAUAAUAUGCCCAGAGUGUCUACCAGCAUGUCUUGAAGAAAUAUUAUUAUGGUUAUCGAAGAAGGACAGCGCUAUACCAAGCGUAUAUCGGUAUCUCUUUUCACUAAACGCGUUAAUAUUAAUAUGAGACGCGGCUAUCUUAAUCUGGGGGUGUCUUUGUAUACAAA